GGUGAGCAACAACAAAAUUAUUUUUUACCUUAAGUACCCCCUUUUACUCGUCCUAGAAAAUUAAUAUCAAAAUGGAAUCCCAGCUAAAGACGAAUUGGAGUUAUAUUAUUAUCUAAAAAUUUAAUCAAGAAUCAUGGACAUUCUCAAAUAAAAAUAUAGACCCAGUCCCAGAAACAUUAAACUGUCAAGAGUGGGACAAAAUUGGCAAAAUUUUGUGGAUGGCAAGUAAUAAUGGAGAUAAGAAAGCUUUGAAAUCUCUGAUAACAUGGACAUUAUUCCUUAAUAUAUUACAACUAAAAAACCAGGAAGAAAAACGAGAAUCACAGUUUGAAAUAAUGGAAAAUAAAAAUCCAAGUCCAUGUAAUGCUUUCCCAGAUGACUCACAAAGUAAAAAUCAAAAUGGAGUCAUCUUUAGCCCCUCACGAAAAGGCGGGCUUUUUACAGACACACAAGAUGGCGAGCUUGACACUAGUUCUCAAAAUAGCGUUAAGAUCACUACUGCGUGUAACCCUUCGCAAAAUGUCACCCCUGCUAACUCCCAAGAUGGCAUUUUAACUACACAAACAUCACCUAACACCAUGGCAACGCCUGUCCCUAGUAACACCCUAACAACGCCCAUUUUCGGCAACCCUCCGGUGACAUCGUCUUCUGGGGUGACUGACAUAAACAUCAGUCAAGGUGGCAACGCCCAUGGCACUUCCAGCCUGCUAAAAAUAAACACCCACCAAGAUAGCAGCGUCCAUGAAAAUCAUAUUACUACUUUAACCCCUAUGAUAAAAACCAAUAAGCAGCUUGCAGAAUCCAGCCUAGCCAUCAUCAAUUCUUCUCAUCAAUUCUUCAAAAAAAGUGUAAAACAUCAUGAAGAUAAACAAACUAUUAUAGAAUCAGAAAAUACAUCUACCAAUGUGUUAGAAGAUAAAAUGUUUUAUAUUUCUAAUGUAUGUUCACUAGUAGAAAGUAGUGAAUUUUAUAAUCAGGAAAUAGCAACCAUCUUCAAGUCAGAGUUUAAAACAUAUGCAUUGGGAAAAAAUGAAUCUGAUACAAAAGAAAAGAAUCAAGGUAUAGUAAAAACAACGUACAAUACACAAGGCAUACAAGACUCAAACCUCCAACCAAAGGAAACAAUAACAUCCAUAGACAAAGUGAAGCAAGCACAACUCAUAGAAGUAUUGAAGAAGGAGGUGAGAGCCAUACUGAUAACUGCCAAGGAGGGCUUAACGCCAGCAGAGCUGGAAGACCAGUACAUAACCAUGAUCCACAAACCACUGCCCCUCAAAGACCUAGGCUUCCAGUCCACCCUAGAGCUGGUGACACACAUGCCUGAAGUUGUCCAAGUUUAUUCUCAUAAGAAUGGCACUGUUAUCCUCAAAGCCAUUGUAGAUGACACCGCCAAAGACAUUGCCAAACCAGUUGCCUGUCAAAAGGGAAGAACAUGCAAGAGAACUCCUCCGAAUGUAAAUGCUACUUCUCCCUCUAAAAGCUUUAAAAAUCCACAGCGUUCCCCUUACGCAACAUCUCAAAGACCCAAAACCCAAAAGACUGAACAAAUUGUUAUAAUUACAAGCACAGUCCCCGACAAUCAAGGACUGUUAUAUGUAGAAGAAAUGGCAUAUCAUGAUGAUUAUGGAAAUCUCUACCAACGAAUCAAACAAAAACAUUUAUGAAGUGUGAGUGUAGCAGCUGCUUUUUUAGUUUGAUUUUGAAAAUGAAUAUGUUCUCAUAUAUUUUAUUAAGUAUUUCUUAUUUACCUUCAUGUGUUAUUUUUAUGUUUAAUAAUGAUUUACUUUAUUAUUAUUAUAUUUAUUGAGUUUUAUUAUUAAAGAAAAAAGAAUAACAUCACAACGAAGAAGAUAGCAACUGAAGAAAACAAGGACUGCCUACAAAUUUCUGCAACAACUAGAACAAGUUACGUAACUGAAAGCAACCAUUUAACCUUAAAAAUGAGUGUGUUCUCAUGCAUUUUAAUGAAUAUUUCUUAUAUAAUUUUAUAUAUUGUUUUAAUAUUUCGAUAAUUGAUUACCUGAUUUAUACUGAAAUGUUAUUGUUAACACCUUUAUUAAGUUUAUUAUUCAAGUUUCUACAGCAAUUGAAACAAACAACAUACAAAAAAUACAAGAAGUAAGAAACACAAAAGAAACAGGGAGACCAGGUCACACACAUCAAAAUCCCUUGUAAGAAGUCUGACGAAAAACGUAGUCCACGGAACUGAAAGUGGCAUUUAAUCUGACUUUUACAAGGUUUAACAUUAAUGUAGUACUUGAUAAUGUAUACCUUGUCAGUAAAAAGAAAAAAGGGGGGAUAGAAAUAAUAAAGAUAAAU